AAAACUGGUACCAAGGGUAAGGCGACAUACAAAACAGAAAGAUGGCGGGAAGAUAAGGCUUAUGGCAACCUUGGCAACGCCUAUCACAGUCUGGGAGAUUUUAAAACAGCCAUAGACUACCAUGAACGCCAGCUGAAAAUUGCGACAGAACUGGGUGAUAAAGCUGGGGAAGGAAAUGCGUAUGGCAAUCUUGGCAACGCCCAUGACAGUCUGGGAGAUUUUAAAACAGCCAUAAACUACCAUGAACGCUACCUGAAAAUUGCGAGAGAACUGGGUGAUAAAUCUGAGGAAGGAAAGGCGUAUGGUAGUCUUGGCAACGCCCAUCACAGUCUGGGAGAUUUUAAAACAGCCAUAGACUACCAUGAACGCCACCUGAAAAUUACGAAAGAACUGGGUGAUAAAUCUUUGGAAGGAAAGGCGUAUGUCAAUCUUGGCAACGCCCAUCACAGUCUGGGAAAUUUUAAAUCAGCCAUAGACUGCCAUGAACGCCACCUGAAAAUUACGAAAGAACUGGCUGAUAAAUCUGAGGAAGGAAAGGCGUAUAACAAUCUUGGCAAGGACCAUCACAGUCUGAGAGAUUUUAAAAAAGCCAUAGACUACCAUGAACUCCACCUGAAAAUUGCGAGAGAAGAGGGUCAUAAAUCUGAGGAAGGAAAGGCGUAUCACAAUCUUGGCAUCGCCCAUGGCAUUCUGGGAGAUUUAAAAACAGCCAUAGACUACCAUGAACGCCAGCUGAAAAUUGCGACAGAACUGGGUGAUAAAUCUUUGGUAGGAGAGGCGUAUGGCAAUCUUGGCCCCGCCCAUCGCAGUCUGGGAGAUUUUAAAACAGCCAUAGACUACCAUGAACGUUACUUGAAAAUUGCGAGAGAACUGGGUGAUAAAUCUCUGGAAGGAGAGGCGUAUGGCAAUCUUGGCAACACCCAUGACAGUCUAGGAGAUUUUAAAUCAGCAAUAGACUACCAUGAACGCGACCUGAAAAUAGCGAGAGAACUGGGUGAUAAAUCUGAGGAAGGAAAGGCGUAUGGUAAUCUUGGCAACGCCUAUCACUGUCUGGGAGAUUUCAAAACAGCCUUACACUACCAUAAACGCCACCUGAAAAUUUCGCAAGAACUGGGUAAUAGAAUUCAGGAAGGAGCUGCGUAUGGCAAUCUUGGCAACGCCCAUCACAGUGUGGGAAAUUUUGAAAAAGCCAUAGACUACCAUGAACGCCACCUAAAAAUGGCGAGAGAACUGGGUGAUAAAUCUGGGAAAGGAAGGGCGUAUGCCAAUCUUGGCAACGCCUAUCACCGUCUGGGAGAUUUCAAAACAGCCUUACACUACUAUAAACGCAAACUGAAAAUUGCGCAAAAACUGGGUAGUAGAAUUCAGGAAGGAUGUGCGUAUGGCAAUCUUGGCAACGCCUAUCACACUCUGGAAGAUCUUAAAACAGCCAUAGACUGCCAUGAACGCCACCUGAAAAUUUCGAGAGAACUUGGAGCUAGAUCUGAGGAAGGAGCUGCGUGUGGCAGUCUUGGCAACGACUAUCACAGUCUGGGAGAUUUUAAAACCGCCAUAGACUACUAUGAAAGCUUCCUGAAAAUUGCGAGAGAACUGGAUGAAAGAUCUCGGGAAGGAAAGGCGUAUGGCUGUCUCGGCACCGCCCAUCGUAGUCUGGGAGAUUUUAAAACAGCCAUAGACUACCAUGAACGCCACCUGAAAAUUGCGAAAGAAUUGAAUGACAAAUUUGAUGAGGGAUUAGCGUGUAUUAACCUCGGUUCUGAUUUUCGUUGUUUAGACCAAGUUCCAAUGGCCAUUGAAUAUUACCAGCUCGGUAUUACUUUGUUAAAUGACAUCAGAGAUCGUCCCCAAUUGAACGACGAGUUGAAAAUAAGCUUACGUGAUCAAUACCGAAGAGUAUACACCGCACUGUGGCGCUUGAUGUUAGCAGAUGACAAGGUUACGGAGGCUUUGCUUUCCGCCGAACAAGGACGAGCACAGGGUCUAAGAGACCUUAUGGCAUCAAAUUAUGACGUGAAUGAUUUUCAAUCAGUAAAAGAAAACGGAACCUUUCGUGGGCUGUUUAGUUCUUUUGCUCUGAAUACACUAUUUAUGGCGAUUGGAGGUAAUGAAAUAAUUUUUUGGGUUUGUCAAAAAGGAAAGGAGGUUGAAUUAAGACGAAAAAAAAACAGUUCGCAAGAUGAAAUCAACAUUUUCUUACAGUCUCUUGUGGAGACAAUUGGUGUACGUGAUAAUGUGGAGUGUGAAGAUCGCUCACUUGAAUUGGCUAGGGAUGCAAGGUUGGCAGUUAAAAGACCACCUCAAGAUGACAGACAAACCCAGUGCUUACAUCUUCAAGAAAGAGCCCUUCGUACUUUGUACGACACUAUCAUUGAUCCUAUUCAGGAUCUAUUAUCAGGCAGUGAACUCGUAUUCAUUCCAGAAGGUCCACUUUGCUUAGCUCCUUUUGCUGCAUUCAAGAGUCCAGAUUCUAAGGACCUUUGCGAAUCAUUCAGAAUACGUGUAGCUCCAUCCCUUACCUGUUUGAAAAUGAUCUGGGAUUGUCCGGAAAAUUAUCACCGUAAGUCAGGCGUACUUCUUGUGGGUGAUCCCUGGGUGCAAGAUGUGACAAAUCUAGGGCCACUACACUGCGCAAGAGAGGAAGUGAAUAUGAUUGGUAAAAUGGUUGGCUCUACACCUCUUGUUGGAAUACAGGCCACGAAGGAUGAGGUGUUAAGACGACUCGGUUCAGUUGCUUUGGUUCACAUCGCUGCACAUGGCGAAAUGAAAACGGGCGAAAUUGCCUUGGCGCCAAAACGUGGUGAGAAAGAUUUCAUUUUGACGAUGAAAGAUGUAAAGAGCGCUAAGAUUCGAGCAAGAUUGGUCGUACUCAGUUGCUGUCAUAGCGCUCGUGGCCAGAUCAAAGCAGAGGGAGUAGUCGGCAUAGCACGGGCAUUUUUAGGUGCUGGUGCUCGUUCUGUUCUGGUAUCAUUGUGGGCGAUUGACGACAAGGCCACUCUUGAGUUUAUGAAAAAAUUCUAUCAGCAUCUUGUGGAAGGAAAAAGCGCAAGUGAAGCCCUUAACCGGGCAAUGAACUGCAUGAGACAAUCCAGAGAAUUUACUCACUGGGCACCUUUUGUACUCAUUGGUGAUGACGUCACAUUGGAGUUUGAUGGGAGCAAAUAG